ACGCGAUCACGCUGCUCGGCAGGUUCGUGCAGAAUUACGGAGUCGCACUGUCGGAAGGGUCCCUCGUACACGAUCCGGAAUACUACGACAAGUUUUUGCCGUCUGUCACUGACCUAUGCACUUCGACAAUUGCACAGGUACUACUGUUGUACUACGCAAUAGAAGAUCUUCUUUAACACCGAUUCGAUCCUUCAUUUGCAUCUUGUUCCAUAGAUGCAUGCAAAACAAUGAAUGCGCUGCAGCCUCGGGGUCUGGUCCAGCUUCAUGCAAGACAAUUAUGAGUGAAUAACGGUAUUCACAAGCCGCACUUUUAUAUUAUUUUUCUGCCACUUCUACAGGUGCUCGACCCGCAACUCAAGGCCAUUGUCGAGCGUCUGGAGGUGGUCCGGGACAGCCGCC